GGAGAGAGAUGUGUGACCCCCCCCCCUUCCUAUUUAAAAACAAGGCAACCUCAUCCUUGACACCCCCCCCCCCCCUUUCGUGGAGAAAAAGAGAGAGAAAAACUCGGAUCCGGCGUCGUUCAUCCAUCCUGCAGAGAGGUGUCGCUGGUCCUGGCAAUGGAAGAGAAGCGGAAAAAGCGGAGCCCCAAGGGCCCCCCACCAGCCCCGGCCCCGGUUUUGCCCCCCACGGCCCUCCGCCGUCUGCCGGCCCCCUCCAACAAGAGCACCUCCUUCGCCCUGGGAAGACCCCACCUGCCUUCCCCGAAGCAGAGGGCCAAGGCCAAGAGGCCGACUAAGGAGAAGGGCCGGGCCCCACAGCCCGGAGGGGCCCCCAGCGUUGGGACCGCGGUGGGGACCCCCCUCCAGCACUCCUUCCUCACCGACGUCUCGGACGUCUACGAAAUGGAAGGCGGCCUCCUCAACCUCCUCAACGACUUCCACUCCGGGAAGCUCCAGGCCUUUGGGAAGGAGUGUUCCUUUGAGCAGUUGGAACAUGUUCGGGAGAUGCAGGAGAAACUGGCCCGGCUGCACUUCAGCCUCGACGUUUACGUGGAGGAACUGGCCGAGGAUCAGAAGAAGACCGCGGCCGACCGGAACCUGGACCAGCUGCUGACCAAUCUGGAGGAACUCAGCAAUUCCAUACAGAAGCUCCACUUGGCAGAAAACCCCGACUUGGAAGAUGCAGCCGCUGUCUAGAAAAAGGAAUCUGCCGGAUCCUCCUUUCUCCAUUUAUUUCAGUCUCGGAAAGGAAAGGGCCCGAGUAAAAGGCUACCGAAAUAUUUGGGAGGCAGGGCUUUGCAAAGCAGGGUUUUGACAUUCAAAAGGAUCCACAGCGAGGACAAUCUGGGGAAAGAACCAACUCUGUGGCCAAGUAAACGGGGAGAGAUCGGAAAUCAAUGAACCUGGAAGAGACAAUUCUUCGGAAACACGAGACAAAAAUAAUCCCUGGGAUGCCGGGCCUGGACUAUGCCGGACUGCUUUGAAAUCAUGUGCCAAAAAGAGGAAAAAGUUCUUUGUUACACAAUGCAAAUGGAGCAGUUUCUAUUGAACCUUGGGAUAUGUAGUUUGCUAAGGACCAGGGAGGAGUCUCUGUUGAAGAGUUUAAGAUUUUCACUCAUUGGCCUUCCAGACUUUGGCUGGAUCUACCACUUUCAUGGCCCUGCAAAUAUGCACAAUGCAAACAGAGCAGUUUAUGUCAAUCUUGGGAUUUUUAGUCUGCCAAGGGCCAUGAAGGAAUAUAUUGGAGAAUUCUAAGUUUUCAGCCAUCGGUCUUCCAGUGGGAUCUACCAUAUGAAUUGAGAUGGCUCCAUGCGAUGGAAUAAUGGGAGUUGUAGUUUCACUCGAUCUUUAGCCUCUUCCGUCCAACAAUGCCGAUGCCUUACCAAACUACAGCUCCCAGGAUUCCAUAGCAUUGAGCCAUGGCAGCUCUAACUACAUUUAUUCUACUGUAUAGAUCAGGCAUGGGCAAACUUCGGCCCUCCAGGUGUUUUGGACUACAACUCCCACAAUUCCUAACAGCCUACCGGCUGUUAGGAAUUGUGGGAGUUGCAAUCCAAAACACCUGGAGAGCCAAAGUUUGCCCAUGCCUGGUAUAGGUGCACCCCAAAAAUGCUGCCAUCGAGUAAGCUUCCCUUAGCAGAACUACAAAUCCCAGGAUUCUAUCAAAUGAAGUGCAAUUGAACUGCUGUAAACUCUGCAGUGUAGAAAUAUAUUCUCAGCAAAAUGUAUGCUUUCGAAUUACAGUAGAGUCUCACUUAUCCAACAUAAACGGGCCGGCAGAACGUUGGAUAAGCAAAUAUGUUGGAUAAUAAGGAGGGAUCAAGGAAAAGUCUGUUAAACAUCAAAUUAGGUUAUGAUUUUACAAAUUAAGCACCAAAACAUCAUGUUAUACAACACAUUUGACAGAAAAAGUAGUUCAAUACACAGUAAUGUUAUGUUGUAAUUACUGUAUUUACGAAUUUAGCACCAAAAUAUCACGAUGUAUUGAAAACAUUGACUACAAAAAUGCGUUGGAUAAUCCAGAACGUUGGAUAAGCGAAUGUUGGAUAAGUGAGACUCUCCUGUAGUACUGGCCUCCCUUCGACUGUCUCUCCAGCCACUCAUUUUCUUCUGAAACUGCUUUGCUUUCUUUGUGUAUGUGCCAAAAAAUUGAAAACAUUAAUGAAUGGCUGGCCUUUCCCUGCCUGGCGAGAGUACUUCCAAUCUCCAAAUUUAAUCUCCAUGUAUAUCGACAGAACAAGAUGCGAUCCCAAUAUUCCCAUAUUUUGGGGCAAGGACUCUUCUUAAAGACAGAAAUGUGUCCAUCAUUUGAAUGAUCAGUUUGGGAAAUUUAUUAUUACUCUUCCAUAAGAAAUGUAGUCAAUUUUAAACUAUGGAUUUUAGACGUACAGUACAUUUAAUUCGUAUGCAUGAUUGUAAUGUAUUGUAAAUGUUUUUUGUCCUACACACACACACACACACACACACACACACACACACAGAGUAUUAAUGGUCUUAUGCUUUAUAUGUGUAUUUUCACUGGGUCAUAUCCUGCUUCAAGGAGAGGCUGGGAACAAAUAAAAAUAAUUAUUGUUGCUGUUUA